AUGGCCCGGAUUCGUCAACGGCAAGAGGAACGUCGACGUCGAGAUCCUGCAUCCAUUUCACUACGCACGCCUGACAUGGCAACAUACUCUAACACAGCUGACAACAUUGAGCGAGACCUGGCAAGCGACGGCCACCAUCUAUGGGGCUUAGUCGUCUACCGUUGCGUUUAUGAUGACGAUGCAAGGUGGGCUGAGUGCAUUGCCAGACUACGUCGACAGAUCGAUAACACGAUGCAGUUCUACAAUGGCAUGGAUCUGAUGGACAAGUUCCGGCUGACCGUCAUGGAAGAUCGAGCGCACUACGACAGUCAACAGCCGUGGGAUAUCCGCGAGCACUUUAGCGACUGGGCUGCCACAGCGCCCGAACGCGAACAAGGCGUCGAGGACAAAACCGGCUUUGGCUUGAGUGUCCGUUACCGAUACUGCAUCUUCAUCGAUAAAGAAACUCAGGAUUCUAUCGUAGACAAUGUGCCCAUCCUCGAUAGAGGUACGCUCACAGAUACCGCCUUCGUGAAGAUUGUCUCCAAAAACUGGAUGCCCGGCUUUGGCGCUACACGGCCAGAGUAUGAAGAAGAACUCGGCGAGGAUGCUGACUUUGGCUGGAUGAUGGUCCAAGCUAGCGGUGUUGCUUCAUUUCUCUUCUACUACCUCCGGGAUGCGAAUGCAUGGCAUAGUGCGUACCGUCCGCCACCCAUCAUAGCUCAAGCUUGA